AUGAAACCUUUUGUGACUAUUUCAAAUGCAAUAAAUAAUGCAUGUUUACCAAUUGAAAUAAUGUCAUCAGGUUCAACAAUUGAAACUAUUUGUAAUGACACACAUUUAACAUUUCUCUAUAGUGAAAAUUCGGAUCGUGUAAUUCAAUGGGAUAGUAAUGAUAAUCUAUGUCAAAAAUCACCGGUAUUGUAUCACGAUAAAUAUAUGUUAAAUGCUAAUGUUAACCGAUGUAGCAUUAAAAAAAUAAAUAACACUUAUUUAUCGGCCAUGUUAGUUAGUCGAAUAAAGGAUAAUCCGACGUAUGGAGAACGAGCAUGUGUUUAUUGCAAAAUAAAUCGAACAUUAAUUUUACCAACUGUAACUGUAAUUCAAACAUCACAACGUUUUUAUCAACCACUAUAUACAUUUACAUUGACCACUGAUCGACUAGCUGUCAAUGAAUCAUUUGAAGUGCUAUGGAUAAAACGUAUGAGUGCUGCUAUUAAACAUUCCCUCGAUUAUUUAGUUACUAAAACAUGUAUUAAUCCUCGUAUGACUAUAAUAUCUAAUAAAAAUAGACAAAGCAAUACAUUUUCAUUUACAUUAGAUGAUGUUCAAUUACAAUUUAUUGAGUUUAUUAUACGAAAAUGUGAUGAAUCUUGUCGACAAUAUCAACAAUGUACAGAAGAACAAUUUUAUUCUGAUUUUGAUCAAACAAAUUUUUUUGAUAGACCAGGAGAUAUUGAAAAAGUUCUGUUAAAUUCAAACUGUCGUUUUAAUUCAUGGACAGUUGAUCAUAUGAAAAUGUUGUUGUUAGUCAUUGGUUUAGGUUCAUUUUUUUUUGGAAUUUUAUCUACUAUUAUCACUGUUUGUGUACUCCAAAAAGUUAGACUACCUCAACGAAACAAAAAGAACAACAAUCAUAUUUAUAUUUCUGCAAAGUUAGAUAAUAUUCAAGAAAUGUCUUAA